CGUCAUCGAGGAGGAGAGAAAGUUUGCCUUCGACGCGGCGUUGCUGGACAGCUUCAAGGGCAAGCUGCAGCCGAGCAAGGUCGAGCUGAACGACCUGACCGCAGACGACGUCAAGUCAAAGGAGUCGGAGCUCGCCGGAAGGCUGCUGCUAGUCGGCAAGUCGAUCCGCAACAAGCAGGAACAGCUGGACAAGCAGCGUGUCGACCUCAGCUCCACGAAGCCACUAGUCUUCCAGGCCGACACGCAAAUGAUGCGGCAGCGCGCGAUAGACAUGCUGCACGUCGACGUCAACAGUCUGCAGUGUCAGGAGGAGUGCCUGCUUAGUAAGCACACGCUCCUGCAGGUGGCGCUAGACAACCUUGGCUCGAAGGACACGCCAUCCGCCAUCGAAUUCGACGACAACUCGUCCGACGGCUCGGCACUCAGCGACGACUCGGGGCUGCUGCCGGCGACGCGCCGCCAGGACAACAAGAACAGCUUCGUGAGCACGCUGAUGAAGACGCGUCUGCACAAGCGCUCGCCGUCGACGCCGCCCGACGUGCCGAGCCGCGACUUCCUCAACAGUUCGUCGACGUCCGACUACAGCGGCAGCUCGGGCGAGUUUUCUCCGCUGCCGCCAGUGCUGCUGCAGACGCAGACGUCGUCGCGCGUGCUGUGGGAUGAGGAAUGGUUCCACGGCGUGCUGCCACGCAACGAGGUCACCGAGCUGCUCUUCCGGGAGGGAGACUUCCUCGUGCGCGAGACCGUGCACCACGGCCAACCCGAGUAUGUGCUGUCCGUCUUCUGGGAAUGCGUGAAGCACUUCAUCCUGCAGAAGAUGCCCGAGGGGCACUACCGCUGUGAGGGGGCGUCGUUCCCUUCAAUCCAGGAGCUCAUUCAAUGGCACGUGGCAAGCAGUCAACCGGUCACUAAGCAGUCGAGCGCCAUACUGCGAUCGCCGAUUCAGCGUGAGAAGUGGCAGCUGAACAACGACGACGUAGAACUAAAGGAGAAAAUCGGAAAGGGUAACUUUGGCGACGUCUACUGCGCGAUGCUGAAGACGAACGGGCGCCAAGUGGCGGUGAAGACGUGCAAGGCGACGCUGCCGGACGACCAGAAGAAGACGUUCCUCAAGGAGGGCCGCAUCCUCAAGCAGUACGACCAUCCGAACAUCGUGCGCUUCAUCGGGAUCUGCACGCAGCGCCAGCCCGUCAUGCUCGUCAUGGAGCUAUGCGCAGACACUGGCGUUUCUUUCUCGCGCCAGAAUAAGUUCUUCCUAGGAGACUUUUCACGACCAAUGUUCCCGCCGUGCCACUAG